AUUAAAAUUGAACCACCAGAAUAUUCAGCAGAAGACAUUGAAAGCAAAAAUGAUGAUGAAUUUUAUGAUCUUGAUGCUAUCGUUAAAUCUGAAUCGUGUUCUGAUGAUAAUGAUACAUGUUUAGAAAGAUUCAUGAACUCCGAGAUUCCCAUCAUCUAAUAAAACACAUGGUUGAUCACAAGCCUAGUCAUAGCAAUGAACGCCCUUACGAAUGUGAAAUUUGUCAAAAGACUUUCAAUCAAUUACGUGUUUUGAAAAAUCACAUGACCAUUCACACUGGUGAGCGUCCACAUAAAUGCAGUGAAUGCAAUAAGACAUUCAUUAACCUAAGCCAUCUGAAACGUCACAUGUUCACCCAUAGUGGUGAGCGUCCCUAUGAGUGCAGUACAUGCAAGAAGACGUUCACACUAAAAUCUAAUCUGAGAACUCACAUCCUCAUUCAUAGUGGUGAGCGCCUCCAUAAGUGUAAUAUAUGCUAUAAGACAUUCUUACAUACAAGUCAUCUAAAAGAUCACAUGCUCAUUCACAGUGAUGAGCGACCGUAUGCAUGCAGUAUAUGCAAUAAGACAUUUGCAAGCUCAAAUUAUCUGAGGAAACACAUGAGGAUUCAUAGCGGUGAGCAACCUCAUAAAUGUGUAAUAUGCAAUAAGACAUUCACACAGUUAGGUAGUCUAAAAAAUCACAUGCUGAUACACAAUGAAGAACGUCCUCAUGAAUGCAAUGUAUGCAAUAGGACUUUCAGACAUUUAAAUAGUCUGAACAGACACAUGAUCAUUCACAGUGGUGAGCGCCCCCAUAAAUGCAAUAUUUGUAACAAGGCAUUCACCCUUCCACACCAUCUGAAGAAUCACAUGGUCACUCACAGUGGUGAGCGACCACAUAAGUGUAAUAUAUCCAAGAAGAAUUUUACAGAUUCAGGUAAUCUGAAAAAACACAUGCUAAUUCAUAAUGGAGAGCGUCCUUACAAAUGUGAAAUAUGCAAUAAAGCAUUUACACGAUCAUUCGAUUUGAAGAGACACAUGGCCAUUCAUAGUAAGAAGCGUGUUGAAAAUUAG